AUGGUGGUCCAGGGGAGUUGGAGGCUGUUGAGGGGGGUGGGGCCCGGAGACGGGGAUCGGGAUCGGGAUCGGGGUGGGUACCGGAGUGGGACAGUAAGAAUGAGGCCAAGGCCGUCUUUGAGACUCGUGUAUCAUGUUGGAGAUGCCGGAUCUGAGAAGGGGGGUUCAUUUGACUGGCGGCGGGUAUUAUCUCGAGACUUGGAGGGUGGAGGAUGA